AUAGAGCAGAAGGAGAAAGAACUGUUCAAAGAGGAAGGAGAGAGAACUUCACUGGAAUGUACCUUCAGCACGAGCAGCACUAGCUAUUAUGUCUACUGGUACCGUCAGUAUCCGGGAACAGCACCUGAGUUCAUACUGCGCAGCGGGUCAAGCAGCUACACUGCAGAGUUUGCAAAACAGAGAUUCUCCUCUAAUGCUGAUAGAUCAUCAGGAAAAGCCCCUUUAUCCAUUUCAAAUGUCCAGCUAGGAGACAGUGCUGUCUAUUACUGUGCUCUGCAGACCACAGUGCCAGGUCAUCCAGUAGGAAUGAGGACUCCACCCAAGCACCCAAUGACACUGCUGGUCAAUGAGCUUUUUAACUCAGAAUGGCUCAUUUGUAACAGCAUUGAGGAUAUAAUAACCUCUUUAACUGACCAAGUGUCUGCUGUAGAGGGUGAAAAUAUCACACUGUCCUGCAACUAUAGCACCUCAGAUGACUACAUACAUUGGUAUCGUCAGUAUUCUAGAUCAGCACCAGAAUAUCUCCUGCAUAUUAUUGAAAGAUCAGGGAAGGUACAGAAUGCUAAGCCUCGAAUGUCUGCUAAAGUUGACAAGGACAACAAGCGUGUAGAUCUGGAGCUCUCCUCUACAGAAGUGACAGACUCUGCAGUGUACUACUGUGCUCUGAGGCCCACAGUGACAGGAAACUCACCGAUGCUGUACAAAAACAUGACUGCACUACUUAAUAUGAAGGAAGAGCAGUUACAGUCAUCCAAGUUGGGUCUGAACAAGGCCUUUGGAAAGGGCUCUCCCACAUUAGGCCUCUCCACUGCAUCACCGCUGUCCUUCAGCAUCCCUCCUACAGCUGUCCUGCCUCACAGAUGA